UCGGAUGAACCGCAAGCUGCCAAAAAGGAUUCGGCGACUUCUAGAAAAAAGAUCCCAACUCAUUUCAAAAAGUUGACCGCAGGGGACACAGAAGUUUGGUUCGCUGAUACAGUCCCAAGAUUUAUGGCGGAUAUCGCAUUCGAUAACAUCACGCAGGAAGUGCGGGGUAUUGUAUAUCCAGGGAAACUAAGACUGCGGGAGAAUGAUUUCAUGUUUAAAAAUGAACAAACUGGAAAAGUCGAUCACUUCCUUCGUGCAGACUUAGUAGCUGCUCAGUGGAUUGCACGUGCUACUGGACUCGGCCUCCGAAUCAAGCUAAAAAAUGAUUCCAUGCAUCGUUACGAUGGCUUCGGCGAGACCGAAGCUGAAAAGGUCGCCAAGUUUUUUAAGACACACUUUGGCAUCGAAAUAUCUAAGCGUGAGUUGUGUUACAAGGGUUUCAACUGGGGCGAUGUUGAAGUUGAUGGAGAUGUCCUCGAAAUGUCCGUGAAGAACUCGAUGUCUUUCGAAAUUCCCCUGGCUAAUUUAUCUAACGCCACGUUGAAUAAGAAUGAAAUCGUUUUCGAGUUCCAUUUAAAUGAUGAUGCGGAGAUUUGCCUUUCUGAAAUGCGGCUUUACACGCCUGGCACUGAAGCUGAUCGUGACGGAAAAGCUCCAAUAAUCUACUCAAAGGUUACCGAAAAGGCCGAUAUAAUCCAGGUCACGGGCGACUUUCUGGUGGAAUUCAAGCAGCUCCAGUGUCUGCAACCUAGAGGUCGUUAUGACGUCAAAUUAUACCCGUCUUUUAUACACCUGCAUGGAAAGUCAUUUGACUUUAAGGUCCCCAAGAGCACCAUCACUCGACUUCUCAUGCUGCCGCAUCCAGACAACCGCCAAGUCUUCUUUGUCCUUCAAUUGGACCCCCCAAUCAAGCAUGGGCAGACAAGAUACCACUUUGUUAUUAUAUUGUUCGAUAAGGAUUCACAUGUCGAUUUGGAUAUGGCUGCUUCCGAGGAGUGGUUGCAGGAGCACUUCGAUGGAAAACUUACUCAGAAUAUUGCCGGUCCCGAGUGCGAAGUUGUCGCCCGUAUUUUCAAGGCAAGUAUUUUUGAAUCUUAUAUUUUGGUCUUAUUUGAUCAAAAAGUAACCGUACCCGGAGCUUUCUCAGCCAAAAACGGAGGCAGUGCUGUAGCAUGCAGUUACAAAGCUUCCGUUGGUUUGCUUUAUCCACUCGAACGUGGUUUCACCUUUGUACCGAGACCUCCAGUCUCGAUUCGAUUCGAUGAGAUAAUCACUGUUCAAUUCUCACGUGGAACUGGAGCACAGCGAUCGUUUGAUUUUGAGGUCGAAACCAGAAAUGGACUCACACAUACCUUCACGUCAAUUGAUCGUAAUGAAUAUCACCAGCUUUACGACUUUGUAACUUCCAAAAAAUUGCGCGUGAAAAACAUUGAUUCCGAAUCAAGAGCUGGUGGGGGCAGUGGAGCUACAGCUGCCGAAGACGCGUGGUCCUCAUCAGAAGAGUCUCAUGAUGCAUACAUGGAAAAAGUUAAAACAGAGGCUCGUGAACGCCAAGUUGAAAUGGAUGACGACGACGAUGAUGAUGAAGACGAUGAAGAUUUCAAGCCACCUGAUGAAUCCGACGCAUCGGAAUUGGCUGAAGAAUAUGACAGCAAUGUUGAGACCACGUCGAGUGCCGAGGAAUCUGACAGCGGUGCAUCAGGAAGCGGAUCCGGUUCUGAACCAGAACCACAGCCCAAAAAAUCGAAACCUGUACGAAAGGAGAAACCACCUGCCAAACCUAAAGCAACUGAGCGACAGAAAAAGAAGAGAGUCAAAGACCCUAACGCACCCAGCCGUCCUCCUACCGCUUACAUAAUGUGGUUCAAUGAACAUCGUGAUGAAAUUUCAAAAAGCAUCGGCAGCCCCACAUCUGUUGCUGAAGUCGCCAAGGCAGCUGGAGAACGGUGGCGAAAUAUUGACUCUGAAACCAAAGCCAAGUAUCAGGCUCGUGUGGACGACUUGAAAAAGAACUACGAAUCUGAAAUGCGUGUAUAUCGGGAUAAGAUAGCAUCGGGCGAAUUAGUAGCACCGAGUACUUCCAAAGUUACGAAAACUCCCCGUACCUCGAAGCCUUCUGCACCAAAGGUCAGUUCAGGAUCCGCUUUCAAGAGCGAAGAAUACGUCGCGACUUCUGAGUCCGGUUCAGAUGAAUUGAGUGAUCUCAGCGAUGACGGAGGGGAAAAGCCUACCGGAAAAGAUUCUGGAGAUUCUGAUUUAUCUGAAUAA